GAGAGUUCCCCUCUUUCCUUUCUAGCAGUCGAGCGACCUCCUAGUGUUCCCUCGCUCGUACAUGCAUGCACACGUUUAACUGUGCGAUGACGUAGCUUCAACUGUGUGUACCUAUCACCCAGUCACGUCAAGGGCCACUGAUUGGGACUUCCGCUGAUGCUAAUCCUACGAUUCAAAGUUCCAGGAAGGCUCUCGCUGACAUUCGGUUAACUCUUCGGUAUAAAAGUCCAUUACGCGCAAGCGGAGGAAUGUUUCGACGAUGGAAAUGAAUUUUGCAUCGAUCAAGACGACAUAUUAUCGGUCGAUCUAUUGCCGGGAUCCUUUUUGUUUGCCGAUUCAUAUCAGAAUAAAAGUAAUUCGAAAGUAGAGAAGGAAACGGUAGACGGCACCUUCGACAAGGCUUUGAACGAAAUGGAUUAUCACAGAAAACGAAUGAACGAGUAUCUUUGUCACGGAUACAUGGCAGAGGAAAUCGUCAAAGAGGUGAGCAUUCCCAGGGUUAAACGGAAACCCAAUUCGGCACCUUCCAAACCCAUUAUGCCGGAUUUCUUGGGCGACGACAACGUGACCAUUCACGAGAAAAUGUUGUGGGACGAGGGUAGCUCCAAGUAUAAAAAUUGGCUACAAAAGACGACUACUUUGGACGACAUAUAUCGUCAUUAUUCGCCGCGCAGAACGUUGAAGAAGAAACAAGGAGUCAAAUACGAUCACGACAUCGAAGAAUUCGACGGCGAGGUCACCGGUUUUGCCAUGCAAGCACCCUUACCUUCCGGAAAAAUUGAAGUUUAUGAGCCUCCAAAUUCAAACGAAGAUCAUAUGCCUGCCGCUUCGGGACACAAUUAUCAUCAUUACGGAUACGGUCACGGUGAACAUUUCGGUCAUCCUGGAGAAUUUUUCCCUGCGAUUCAGGAGGAACAUUAUUAUCACGUCCCUUAUCAUCAGGAACAACAGGAGCAUGAGGAGGAACAUCACAAGCCUGUCUAUCAUAGCAAAGGAAAGGGACACGAUCUUUCGUUAAAAGAUUUCUUUGAAAUUGCUCUCACCGCAUUAGCCUUCUUGGCGUUCGGUCUAUUCGUCAUACAGCUAUUGAUGAAUGCCACGCAAAAUAUGACGAACGUCACUACCUCUAGUAGCCUGACAGACGCGUCGGAUGGGACGCGUUUCAAGAGACACGUCGGUGGCUUCCCAAUGACUUACGCCACUAAUCAAGAAUUGAAUGAAUUGUCUUAUCGCGUUUUGAGAUCGGUCGAAGCGGCUCUGGUCGCUGAUAUGGAUUCUGCCAAUUGUCUACGGAGAAUUCUCUGCGAGGACAAUCAAUACUCAAAGAGUACUAACGAUGGUCGUAAAAUUUGGGUACCCGUUUGGAGCUUAGGGAUGAGCUGGAUCACAGGAAGAGUUUCUAAAGCUGCACCUUGGUCGGCAAUGCUGGAAUCUGUUAAGGCUUCGGUUCUUGGCUUGGGCGGAGCUAAUUGCACUUUGCUCUAUCCUAAUUGCGAUCUUCGCAAAGAGAGAAUCAAAAGACGUCGUAGACGUAGAAGAUAGAUCGUUUAAUCCUCGUUAAUAUUUCAUCCGAUAUUUAUUAGUUUUAAUUUAUUUAUUAGUUUUAUUUUUUACUUAAGGCGAUAAAAAAGCAUUGGGUUGGCUGGAUAAAACAAGCUGUUCUCUUGAUAUUGGUAAAAGGGUAGCGUGUAACGAGCCCGAUGGACGAACGUGAAAAAUAUGUCUGUUUUCUCUAUUCUGAAUUGCUCGGCAAUUUCCAAGAAUCGGCUUAGUAUUCUCGUCGUAUAAAAUUCGAAAUUCGUCUAUCUGUAAUAAUUCCUUCCCCUUUUACUAUUUUCCAAGGAAAUACGUGAUAUGUCACACGUGCAUAUUUUCCAUCGAUUAUAUUAACAACAAUGUAUUUACUUUUUAAACAAUUCGUAAGAUUCGUUGCAGUACCUGUUCUUUGGCUAUUCCAACAGGUUCUCUGCAAACAAGCCACAUUAUACGGCGUGUCCAUUGUGGCGUUAUCGUCGAACCCCAAUAUACAAAAUAAUCUUUGGUAAAUGGUUUAAAAAUAUUCGUCAGUACGAUCGGUACUAAACGAAUGCUGGAAUUAGCGAUUUUAAUGGAAGGCAAAGCGCUUACUAUCUCCUUUAAAAAUAUAUUAGGAAAUGUCUGCAACUGUAUGUAAAAUGUAAUUGAAGUAACGUGAAAAUGGUCUUUCGAUUAUUCAACAUUGAAAUUCAAUAUUUAACCUUUAAGAAGUAAACUAUUAUUAUAACGCCGUCGACUUGUCGAAGAGCUUGCUCGAAAUUUAAGUAUUGCGUUUUAAAGUGUACUACGUGAAGUUCCAUCG